AUGUCGAACCGCGCGUUUGAUACAUCAAGGCUAGGCGCCGGCUAUGGCUUUGAGAGUUUCCCUCAGAAAAAGCUGGAAAUGCCACCGACCUGGGCGAUUCUUGUGGGAUUGAGCUUCUUGGUGGGCGCAUUGUUAUUCUGGACAUACAUUGCUCUCACGCUAUUCGCACCCUCUCCUCGACAGCCUCGGCCAUCCGAAAAGCAGUACAUAACAGUACUACCGGACGGCACUCGAAGCCUACCAAAGCAGCUACCAUGUUGGCUCGAUAAGUGGGCAGCAGAGAAGGAAUUGGCAAAGAAGGAAGCUGCGAAGGCACCAGGAACUAAAGUUGUGAUACCACCGCAGAUGCCAAUUGAGGAGGCGGAGCUGUUCAUGACCGUUGUAGUGCCUGCUUACAACGAGGAGGAACGUAUGAGUGGCAUGCUAGAAGAGGCAGUGGACUACCUCCAGAGCCAAUAUGGCUCGGCACAUGAUGGUGAAAAAGGCAUCGGUACAGAGAAGGGCUGGGAGAUCUUGAUCGUCAGCGAUGGUAGCACAGACGGGACGGUCGACAAGGCGCUGGAGUUUGCCAAAGAACACCAAUUGAGUGAACAUCCCGUACCAGUCGCUGGACCAUGGACCAAAAACGGCACCGAAACGACGCUUCCUUCUACGCAUAUACCGCACGGUAGCAUCCGUAUUAUUACCCUGGAGGUGAACCGAGGCAAGGGUGGUGCGGUGACACAUGGCAUGAGGCACGCCAGAGGCCAAUACAUUGUGUUCGCAGAUGCAGAUGGCGCAAGUCGAUUCAGCGAUCUCGGCAAGUUAGUCGAAGGGUGUAAGAAGAUCGAGGACAUUGAUGGACGAGGUGUCGCAAUUGGCAGCCGAUCUCAUCUCGUUGGCAGCGAAGCUGUUGUCAAGCGCUCCAAGCUCCGUAACUUUCUCAUGUACUCCUUCCACCUACUGCUCCGCGUCAUGACCCCAGCAGCAACUGCGCGCAUCAAAGACACCCAGUGCGGCUUCAAGCUUUUCUCCCGGCCUUCUUUGCCUUACAUCGUACCCUAUAUGCACUCCGAAGGCUGGAUCUUCGAUGUCGAGAUGCUCAUGUUGGCCGAGAGCGCCGACAUCGCCAUGAUCGAAGUUGCUAUUGGGUGGAAAGAGGUUAUGGGAAGCAAGCUCAACGUUAUCUGGGAUAGCAUCGGUAUGGCUUGGGGAUUGGCGCUUCUGAGAGUGUGCUGGCUUAUAGGAAUAUGGCAGAGGGACUAG